CUGCGACUCUGCAAGCAAUGCUUGAAGCCGAUGCGUCUCCUUGAGCCUCCCGUUGUUCCGAACGGUGAUCGGUGACUGACGCUGAUACGUGGCCUACGGCUAAUUAGCAGUGAAAAUUUGUCUCAAUGUUUUGCUUUUAAGUUGAGAUGCUGGGUGCCCGUUUUCCAUGUUGUCUCUUUUUCCACAUAAUGAUAUGUGAAAGGAAGUUUGAGGUGGAAUAAUAAAUGUCUAGGUUUCGAGCACUUUGGCAAGCUUCUUUGAAUGCAACAAAGAAAGCCCUCACAUGGAAUCUUGAAGAUUUGAUGCCUCCAAGCGAGAAGCUCAUAUUCAAUUUCAAUUCGAAGGAAGAGCUAAAAAACUGGCAUUUAUAUUCAGAUUCUGAGUAUGGAGGUUUAUCCUCAGCUUCCUUGGAGAUCACAGAUGCUGGAAAUGGACUAAAGGGGGUUUUCUCAGGGAAUCUAUCAUUGGAGGUUUCUCAGGACUCAAAGUGGAAUAUAAGUAGAAGCGGUUUCUGCGGAAUGCGAUCCAAGAAGUUUGAUGGCUUUAUUGAUCUAGAUGCAUAUGAUACAAUAGCUCUAAAGCUUAAAGGUGACGGAAGAUGCUACAUAUCCACUAUUUAUACGGAGAAUUGGGUAAAUUCACCAGGACAAAUGGAAGACAAUUCCUGGCAAGCUUUUGUUUCUGUACCCAAAGACAACUGGUAUAUUGCAAAGAUUCCUCUUGCUCGAUAUUUGCCAACGUGGAGAGGAAAUGUGAUAGAUGCAAAGUUGGAAAUGAAUCAAUCGCGCAUUCUGGGCAUGUCCCUAUCUGUUAAUGCAGGUGGUGGCAUCCCUGGUACCAGAUCAGGACCAGGUGAUUUCAAUGUUGAAAUCGAUUGGAUCAAAGCCUUGAGAACCCAGUGAGUCUCUGUGAAACUUUAUCCUUGUACUGCCUCUCCCAAAGCUACAGUUAAGCUCUUUUUGGGCUAUCGACAUUGUUGUCAUGAAAUGCCUCCCAAAAUGUUGUGUUGGGGCCCGGGAGGAUUGAGGAGCAGUCGUCAUGAAUGUGUUCUUGAAUCUGUCUCCAACAACAAAGGUUAUAGUACUUUAAUUGGGUCAAGUACUUGUCCUUACAUCAGGAAAUUUUGAUUCAUUAUUAUAAUAUCUUGGAGCUAAAUGGCAUUUUAUGCUAGUGUUGUUCAGGCACCCUCAUCUUUCAGAUACGGUUAUGUUUGGCUGUUUGCCUUUGAUGAUCAAAACUUCCAAGGACUUCCAGUUUCUUA